CCAGAACUGGGGGCAGUGAACUCGCUCGAGGCCGUUACCUUAGUUCAGGCACCGGUCACUGUAACCACCGGCACCGAUAUCGCUGUCAGGCGCACACAGCUGGUCGAACCCCAACACGACGCUGGAUGCAUGCCUGAGAUCUGAUAUCCAUCGCCCCGGUCUCCCAGUAUGACCAUCGAGCCGUUGGAGUUCGAUGUCGAUGGCCUCUACAUCCUGGUGCGUGACCUGGGAGAUACGUAUCGCUUCCACUGGGGACUAUAUCUGGCGACCAAGCCGUGCACCGGCGACCUCUUCCACGCCGUCAACACGGUGAACAAGAACAGCUGGGCCUACGAAGUCAGACAAGACAUCAAUCUGAUAGACUGGAGGUUCUUGGCGGCAGUGAAGGUGGGCAUGAUCGAGACUGAACUGCACGAUGCUCUGCGCAGCAGGCUUCAGGAGAUCCCUAUGGGAUAUUCCUCCAGGUAUAAAGAGGAAAUGAGUUGCCGUGUCUGGGUCAAGGAAUCAUUGUUCGCCCUGGACAAUGAGGGCUUCAUCCAACUUGUCGGAAGCGUUAAUGCCAUCGAUAUGGAGGCAAAAUCAGAGGCUAUGAGAAACAAACUUGAAGGGAGGCGAACGAUUAUCAAGAGCGCCGGGAGCUUAGAAUGAAUCCAGAAAUUUCCAAGGUGCGUAAUCAUCUCCAUUCGAGUUGUGCAGAUGAACAAAGACGGUUGAUUAGGAUCAA